CAUCCAGCUUUAUUGAACAACAAUAGCAGACACAAAGUAGAUCGAGGUUGCCCCGGUGUUCUGUGGGAACUGACGUAACUGAAGCGGAAAGAAGGCUAAUCGCUGAUUGGUUACGUCGAGUGCAGUGUGUGUAUGGUUCAGACGGUGGGUGUUUGGAGUGUACCACCAGCAGCAGCAGGUCGUGGCUGAGUUCCGCACCAUGGAUCCAAGUCUUUUGAGAGACAGAGAGCUUUUCAAAAAGAGAGCUUUGAGCACUCCUGUAGUUGAGAAACGUUCUGCUUCAUCAGAGUCUUCAAAGAAGAAGAAAGCUAAACUCGAUGGUGGGACAUCAGGUUCUAAGCAGAGCUCAGAUGGCAGCAAUGGGGCAUUUGGCGGCAAACCCCUGUCUGGGACAUCUAACUUCAAGUUUGGGGUCCUUGCAAAGAUCGUCAACUAUAUGAAGACCCGACACCAGAGAGGUGACACGUACCCACUUUCAUUGGAAGAAAUCCUUGAUGAAACACAGCACCUUGACAUUGGAAUGAAACAAAGGCAAUGGCUAAUGUCUGAGGCUCUUGCGAACAACCCUAAGAUUGACGUCAUUGAUGGAAAAUAUGGUUUCAAGCCCAAGUAUAAUUUAAAAGACAAGAGGGCUCUUCUGAGACUUUUGGACAAGCAUGAUCAGAGGGGACUGGGGGGAAUCUUACUAGAAGACAUAGAAGAAGGACUUCCUAACUCACAAAAGGCAAUUAAGGCACUGGGAGACCAGAUCACAUUUGUUACGAGACCGGAUAAGAAGAAAAUCCUUUUUUACAACGACAAAAGCUGCCAAUUUACUGUAGAUGAAGAAUUUCAGAAGCUAUGGAGGAGUGUACCAGUUGACUCCAUGGAUGAUGAAAAGAUUGAGGACUAUCUGAAGAGACAGGGAAUUACCUCUAUGCAGGAAUCUGGACCAAAGAAAGUUAUCCCAGUACAAAAGAGGAAGAAGUCAAACUCACAGAAGAAACGCAGGUUUAAGACUCACAAUGACCAUUUGGCAGGAGUACUGAAAGAUUACACAGAUGUUACUCCUGGCAAACCGUAAUGGUGCCGUCAUCAGACAUGAGGAUGUUUACAGAGGAACCUCACCACAGACUACUUAGUGCUUAUUGCCUUUGAGCCUGGAAGAUUCUCCUGAUCAGUUAAUUUAUACAUUCAAAUGUUACCUUUCCCAGGGGUCAAAGGCAGACGGAUUUCUGUCUUUUAGGAUGUGGCCAAGUUAUUAAACCUUGAAUUAAAAUCAUAUGAUUAAAAUAUUUUCUCAAAUUCAUCUUAGGGCUGACACCGCCACAGUAUGGCUUAUAGCGCAGGUUUUUAUACUUGCACACAGAUCCCAACAGUGUCAAAGUUUAGCAGCUGAGUUAUGUCUUUAUUGUAUAUAGCAGUAGUUUGAGAUUUUUUUUUUCUUUUUUUUUUUUUGCUCAGUGUGCUGUUACAACCUAUAUUUUAUAUGCGAUUUUGCAAUGUCUGUUUGCCUCUUGUUUAUUAAAAUAAAGGUAAUUUCAGUUCUAGAGAA